AUGAAAAAAUUCAUGCGUUUCAUUUCGCCAAACUCUACUUCCCCAGCCAGUGACUCUGAUAAAAAGGGCCAAAAACAUGGCAUGUUUCGUCGUGCAAAUUCUGGUUCUGCUUUAAUGGAAUCAAAACAAAAGAAAAAAUCUUGGAGAUCCCAUCAUUCUUUAAAUCCUUCCCCAAAGAAUGAUUCAAUAGGCGCUGGCGCUUUAUACUUGGAUACUGAUGUUAAUAACGAUAAUAGUGAUCAACAAUUUACUCGUUCACCAGCCGAAGGUUUUCUAAAUGUUCCUGGAUUAGAUAAAUCUUCUUCACUACCCCACGAAACUAUUUCAAAAGAUAUUCCUCCUCAAUCUCCGACUACUCGUUACAAUGAAGCUGAUGAAUUCAUUCAGAAAGCUAUACAGUAUCAUGAAGCUAAUGAAUUAGAAAAAGCUACAUAUUAUUUUAAAUUGGCCGCUGAAAAAGAUAGUCCUUUAGGCUUGUUUUUAUUUGGUAUUGCUCUAAGGCAUGGCUGGGGCUGUAAUCCAAAUCCAAAACUUGCUGUACGGUACUUACAAAAAGCCGCUGAAUCCGCUGUUACUGAUCUUCAUGCUUCAAUGGCUGCAAAUCCAAGCUUCGCCCGCCAUGAAUUAGUAUUAGCAAUUUAUGAACUUGCAGCAAAUCUUGGUGACCCUGAUGCACAAAAUGAACUAGGAUUUUGUCUUGAACGUGGAGAAGGUGUCAAAAGGGAUUUGAAAAAAGCUGCUAAAUAUUUUCGAAUGGCUGCUUCACAAGGUGCUGGAAUAUUGGGAAAUUCAUGGAUAUAUAAGAAAAAAUAUGAUGAAGACGAAAAUUAA